CAUUAUUAACAAAUUAAAUACAUGCAUAUGAUUAUAAAGUACAUGGAUUUUGCUUUGAUAUAGCAGUAAUUAAACUUGAUUGUUAGUAGAGUUAGUAAUUGAUAACUCUUGGCAUUCUUGUAGCCAUAUUUUGAUUUCAUUUCUCUACAUGUUUUUUUGAGGGUGGCUGGAGAGGGACUAUUUUAUGAACUAUCAUAACAAUAGGAUCUAUUAGGGUCUAUCCUAUUUGUUCUUUAACCUCUAUAAGGCCCAAUGCGUUUGAGGCUCUCCUUGUUGGUACGGAGGUCAUAGAAUAUAGUGGGAAAAUAUUUAUUUAGCUGUUGAGUCUUGUUUGUAUUUCUGUCAGUGUACUUAAUCUGUAUCUAUAUUGUUGUUUGUUUAAAAGUCCUGUAUCCAUAUAUCUGUAUUUCUCCUGUCACAUUUCUACUUUUUAUUAAUUUCUUUAAAAGCAGACUGUGUUGUUCUCUAUAUUGUUUCUGUGUUUGUCCUUUUACUUAUACUGUACAUAUAUUUCUUUCUUUUACUAAUUUACAUUUUUUACUAUUUUACUUUGGCACAACAGCACACAUGUAUAACAUAUGUUGAUAUUUAUGACUAUUGAAUUUGAAUAGUUUAUAAUUGAGUAACUAAUGAGUAAAUUUUGAUCUAGAUCGAUACAUUUGUUUGACAAUUCUCAUUACAUUCUGUCAUUACAUUAUAACCAUUGAUUGAAAUUUUUUAUUAUUGUAUAAUACACACAUGUAAAAUAAUUGACACACACUGUAUUAAUAAGCAUAACACAGUACAUUCUUCCUCACUUAAUUAACUAAUUAUUUUGAGCACACAAAGCAUUAAACAUGUCUUCCUAUGACAAAAUUUUAGAACUAGUGAAAGUCAUGGAACUAGAAGGGGAUGAGAAAAAGGAAUUUAUCAAAAAAGAAUUAGAAAAGGCUGAAAAGAGAGAAAGGGAGGAAAGAGAUAGGGCUGAUAAAGAAAAAGAUAGAAUAGAAAAGGAUAAAGAUAGGGAAGAAAGAGCUGCUGAAAGAGCUCAUCAAAAAGAAUUAAAAGAACUAGAAACUAAACAAAGAGAAAGCCAGGACAAAGUAGAGUUAGCCAAACUAGAAGCUGCCAAAACAAAUCCCAACAUUAUAACCCAACAGUCUACAACAAAGCCAUUCAUCUCUAAAUUCCAUAAAUACAAUUCAAAAGAUGAAACACUUGAAAACUAUUUAGUCCAAUUUGAGCAUAUUGCCUCAACUUAUAAUUUUAACAAUGAGGACAUGGCCAAACACCUACUAGCAAACUUGUCGGGAGAACCCCUCAACAUCAUUUCCACUUUAACUGUAGACCAAAAGAAAGACUAUGCGGCAGUAAAGACUAGAUUACUAGAGCACUUCGGGAAAAAUUCAGACUUCUAUCGUAAGCUGUUCAGGGACACUAAAUUGAAAAAAGAUGGGGACUUUAAUAGAAUAAUAUUCGACAUGAGGACUAAUAUGAUAAAAUGGUUAGAGCUAGCAAAAUGUGACAUCAAGGACCCGACACAAAUCCUAGACAUGCUACUUAUUGACAAUGUCCUCAACAACGUGACAGACUUGGUAUUUACUUUCCUUAAAGAAAAAAAGAUCAAGACAGAGACUGAACUGAUAACGAAUCUAAAUUUAUUUAAAGACAGUCACCCUGGACACACCAUUGACAAAAGAGACCUAUACCAACUUGCAGCCACAGCAACAACAUCCAACAACAACUACAAUGAUAAAUACAAAUGGUCUAACACCAAGACUUGUUUCAAUUGUGGGAGAAGAGGUCACGUGAAAAACCAAUGCAAAGCUCCCAUAAACUACAAUAACAAUUAUAGGUACAGAAGCUACACUAAUUUCUACAACCCAAACAGCUAUAAGCACAAUAAUAAUUACAAUAAUAGACCAUAUAGACCACACCAGAGUGCAAGUCCCAAUGAAAGAAGAAAUUUUACAAACAGUUACCAACACAAUAACUAUAAUAGAAACAACAGACAAUCUAGAAGGGACCAAUUUAACUACCACACAAACAACCACCCAAACAACUACAAUAGCGGAAAUAGAAACAAUAGAAACAACAAUGGCAAUAACACCAACACCCAUAGAGAGGAAAAUGUAGCCUAUAUGCAAUCAAAUAAGUCCAAAAUAAAAGUCUUUCCAUCCUAUGUCAAUUCUAAAGAAGUAGGAUCAAUUCGUGACAGUGGAGCCACGGCAAUAAUAGUUAAAGCCUCUUUAGUUGAACCAGGACAGUAUCUGGAAGUUACAGUAAAAGUGACCUAUGCAAACAUACAAAAAUUUGAUAUUUGCAAGACCGCUAAAGUCCUAAUAGAAUCACCCUGGAUUACAGGAGAACUAGAAGCCAUAGUCAUGGACACCCCAGCACAAGAUCUAAUAAUAGGCAAUGUAGAAGGUGUAAAAGAUCCAACACUAGAAGAAGUUAUGCAAUGGGCGGAAGAUAGACAAAAGUAUUCCCUAUUCAAACAUGAGGCAUUAUUAGUUGAAACCAGAUCACACACAAAAAUAACACCAGAAAUAGAAUGCCCCACUGUAUUACUUAAUGAAAUAGGCAUAACUAGGGAGGAACUAAUAGCUAUGCAGAAAAAUGACACCACAAUACAAGACCUCUUAAGCAAAGAUUAUAACAAGAUAAAUUUAAAUAACCACCAUAUAGAAAUUAACAACUUAGCCAUUAGAUACAACAGGAAAGAAAACUGUACUAGACUUCAAAUCCUGAUCCCUAAAACUUUAAGAGCUAAAAUAUUAAAUAUGGCACAUGAUGACCCCACAGCAGGACACUUAGGAAAAAAAAAAGUAUAUGCUAAGAUAGCCAACAAAUUCUUCUGGCCAAAGAUGGGAAAGGACAUUAAGAACUAUGUAAACAGUUGCACAGAAUGUGCCAAACAAAAAACAGUGACUAGAGCCCCAUUAGAAAAAUCAUAUAAAUCUCACUAUUUUUGGGACAAAAUUGCCAUGGACAUAAUGGGACCCCUAACUACCAGCAGUAAAGGGAAUAAAUAUAUUUUGGGUAUCAUUGACAUGUCCACUAGAUGGGCAGAGGCAUUUCCUCUAAAAGAUAUAAAGGCUAUUGACAUAUGUAAUUGUUUAAAAACACUUUUUCUUAAAUUUGGAUUCCCUAAUAAGUUACUGUCAGACAAUGCAUCAAACUUUAAGUCCCACCUUAACCAGGCAUUUGCAGAAAUGACUAACAUCCGCCUAGUCCAUAGCACUAUCUACUCACCACAGGGAAAUGGAGUCAUAGAGAAAUGGAACAGAACUGUAAAACAGAUGAUAUAUAAGCUAGAAAGAGACUCAAUGAGUACCUGGGACCAGACUCUUAGCUAUGCUAUAUUUGCCUACAACACUAGCAUCCAUGAAACCACCAAAUUCAGCCCCUAUGAGCUUGUAUUUAACAGAAAACCUAAAGGACCGUUAGAGUUAUGGGCCGACAACAUGUUAAACUUAGAGAACAUAGAACAGUACCAUCCUUGGAUAAUUCAGACCAAACAACAGCUUAGACAAGGAAUAAAACUAGCAGAGAUAAACAUGGACAAAAAUCUAGAAAGGCAUAGGAAAAUAAAAAACAGAAAUAGAAAACUAAGAACACUAAAUGUAGGUGACCAAGUUUUUGUUAAGAUAGAAAACAAACACUGUAAAGAUAAGAAUGAGGGACCAUUUAAAGUUAUAGAGAGAAUUAAUAACAAAGUGUACAUCAUUGAUAAAGAUGGUAGAGAAUGCAAACUCAAUAUUGAUAAACUUGUUAAAUUGGAUAAGAGACAAAUAACUGACACAGAUAUAAUUGAACUUGAUGUAGAAACCAAACACAACAUACAAGAACGUAUAGCAAGCACCAUAAACACCACACACAACAGUAGUCCAAAUAUUGAAAAUGAUAUGUUACAGAAUUUGACAGUUAAAUAUAGUGAUGUAAUUACACAAAAGCUAGGAUGUACCAAUCUGAUAGAACACACAAUAAAACACUACCAACUAAGACAAAAGCCUAUAGUAUCCCCAAAGCAUACGAGGACCUAGUUAGAACAGAAAUGACCAACUUAAUCAAAGAUGGGAAGAUAGAGAGAUCAGAAACAUGUAAAUAUGCAUCACCCAUGGUCAUUGUAAAAAAGAAAGACAGUGGAGUAAGAAUCUGCUGUGACUUUAGAGAAAUAAACAAAUGCACAAUCAUAGACCCAGAACCCCUACCAGACACUGACAGUAUAAUUACAACUUUAAGUAAAUCAUCCCUAUUCACAACAAUGGACUUAAACAGAGGCCUCUGGCAGAUUAAAAUGGACCCUGACUCUAAGGAAUAUACUGCAUUCAAAUGCACUAUGCCAGGCCUAGAAGGUAUCUAUGUCUGGAAUGUCAUGCCAUUCGGCUUAAUAAAUAGUACAGCCACAUUUCAGAAAUGCAUGUCAAAAUUAUUAGAAGGCAUAAAUAAUGUAUUGUCUUAUGUAGAUGACAUUUGUGUUUUCACCAACUCACAACAAGAACACAUUCAUGUACUAGAGCAAAUAUUUUCAAGACUAAGAACACACAACAUGACAUUAGCCCCCAAGAAAUUAAACCUAGCCAAGCCUGAAAUCCAAUUCUUAGGAUAUUGCAUUACCAAUGACAAAAUCACACCCACUGAAACAAACCUAACAAAGAUUAAAAACAUAAAAGAACCUAGGACUAAGAAAGACAUGAGAUCAUUAUUAGGACUUUGCAACUUUUAUAGAAAGUUCAUUCCAAAUUAUGCACAGAUAAUUGAACCCCUUGUUGAAUUUACUAAAAAAGAAGCAUGGAAACACAAUUUGUAUGGAUGAAAAAAGUAGACUAGCAUUAAGCAACUUAAAAGAUAAAUUUAAUGAGAAACUAGAAUUAGCCAGUAAUGACCCAACAUCAACAAUAUCACUAUACACUGAUGCCUCCAACACUGGUAUUGGGGCAUGCUUACUACAGCAAAGAGAGUCAUUUUUUAAGCCAAUAGUACACAUCAGUAGAACACUAUCUGAAACAGAAAGAAAAUACUCAGUGAUUGAAAAAGAAUUAUUAGCCAUUGUAUGGUCAGUUGUAAAACUCAAGAAUUACUUGUUAGGAAGAUUUUUCAGCAUUAAGUGUGAUCAUAAACCAUUACUGGCACUAAAAAGAAAAGAGCUAAAAAAUGACAGGAUAAACAGAUGGACACUCAUUCUCUCAGAUUACAAAUUUGACUUACAAAGCAUUCCAGGACAUGAAAAUGUAAUAGCUUACUUUUUAUCCAGAUACAUAAUACAUGAAAAUGAAGCAAGUGAUAAUAAUGACAUUAAACACAUCAGCCAGGACAUUCUGAUAGAGUAAAUAAGCAGUACAAAUCACUUAGAAACAAGUAGUAGUAGUCAACUAAGUCAAAUUAACAUUCUACACAUUUUUCAAAUAGGUCAUGACACUUUAUUGUUACACUUUUCUUUUGGGUCAUGAUGACAUUUAUGCUUAUGAUCAAUAACAGAUCAUCUAUUUACUCAUUGUAUUUUAUUGUCAACUUGUAAUAUGACAAAUACCAGAUGUGUUUAUUUUGUGUGUAUAUAUUGUACUUUAUUACUGAUUAUGCACAGCAAUGUAAACAAUGAGAUGUAAACAACAGUGAACUACUUGAACUGUUGACCUAAAUUUUUUUUCAUAACAACUCACAGAUGUAAAUAUUGUCUAAAAUUUUUUACAUACCUGAAUACUACAAUGAAUGUUUAUAAACAUGGAAAUUUGUUUACUAUUGUACUUCAAUACUACACUCAGACUAUUUAUAGUAGUCUUAUGCAAGGUCAACCUUGAACUGGAUUGACAUGUCUCUAAUUUUUUUUUAUUUUUCUUGAUGAUGGCAAAACUUAGAAUAAUAUUUUGACACAGCACAUCACAAUUGUAAAUAAACAUUAAUUUUUUUCUGUAAUCAUUUUGAGUAAAUUUACUCAGUGUGUCAAAUGAUACACAUUGAUAAUGUUGUGCAUCUACAAUUAUAGUAAAACAUUGGAUGUGGCCCCUUCAUAUGUUGACCUAACAAAGUCAAAGUUGCCAAGGAGAGUUGAGUAAAUAGAAGCGCAAAAGUUUCAUUUAUUAACUUUUAAAGCAAUAACAAAGAUGAAUGUUCAAGUAUCCACCAGACAGAUGAAUGUUCAAGUAUCCACCAGAUAGAUGAAUGUUCAAGUAUCCACCAGACAGUUGAAUAUUCAAGUAUCCACUAGACAGAUGAAUGUUCAAGUAUCCACCAGACAGUUGAAUGUGCAAGUAUCCACUAGACAGAUGAAUGUUCAAAUAUCCACCAUUUCAUUAAUUAUCAUAUUUCUCUUUUAGGAAAAUGUUUCUGUUUUCACUUUAUUUUAUUUUGUACCAGUCUAUUAUUUUGUACCAUUAAAAAUUUAUAUUUUAUGUUAGUAAAAAAGAUGUUUGAAAUUUUGUAGCAAAAUUUAAAAAAAAAAUCUCCUCUAUAUAUAUUAAAAUAGUAAUUUACUGAACCUUGGAAUCCUAUCACUGAACUGGGAAAGCUAGCUUUGAUUGUUUUUGUUGUUGUAAAUAUCCAUAUGGAUAGUGUGUAUAUUAUGCAAAGAUUGAUUAUUAGCUGUUAAGGUUGGAAUUUUCCUUUUUUUAAUUUUUACAUGAUUUCAAUGUUAAAUACCACUGCAGUUGUCUUUCUGAUAAUGAUGCUAUGAUGUGGUCUUGGUAUAUUUUUUCUGUGAUUAGAUGUUGUAACAUAUAGAUAUUGACAAUGUACAAAGUUUAUAUACAACCAAGUUCAUACAUUAAUCUAUUUCACAAUCAUACAAACUAUAAACUGCGUAAAGCUUUUUGUUAUUAUUAAAAAUAUAAACUGUAAAGUAUUGGAUGCUAAAAUGCAUUUGAAUUGAUUCUUCCCGAGCUAUACUUUAUUGCUUCUUCAUUUUGUGUGUGCACAAUCUAUUGAAUUAAUAAUGUAAUUUUUUGUGAGAUGAUUUGUGUUGGUCACAUGUACAAGUCAUUAGUUUCUAUCAUGAUUUUUUUAAAAGUAUUUGUGUAAAACCACAGAGGUUUCAUUAAAUUUGUACUUUAUUAAUUUUUUAUUUUACAUUUUUGUUAAGUUUUAAUUUUACUUACAAGCUGAAUUUGUAUACAUAGCUAUGAUUUGAUUUGAUGGAAUUCUUCUUUUUAUAAAAUUGUACAUGGUCUAAGGUUUUUGAGUUCAUUGAAGCUUUUUUUCAAAACUGUCUGAAGAGUUGAACUGAAGGCUUGUGAAACAAUAGGCCAGCAAAAAAUAACAAAAGCUUCCUCUCACCAGCCUGACUGAAAUGAUUGUUCUGUCUGGAAGAGAUCCUACUUGGUGUCUGUAUCACACUACUAUUUCCAAUGCUUCAGAAGCUCCAGACACGGGGGCUAGAGAUUGGCAGACUGCUAAGCACACCAAGAACUCCUGCCAUCUUCCUGCUCUUUACCACACUCAACAAUCCCCAUUCCAUUUGUGAAACAGAAUGUUGGGAUUGUUGACAUGGUCAUAAAGACUCUCUUCCCAACCAAGACUUGAGCAAUGCUUUUCCAUUCCUAAUGAAGUCUUGUUUUCUUACUUCCUUGAAGCCUAAUUGUUUUGACCCAGGGGUGGGGGGGGCACUAUGUUGUAGACUGGGAUGUUUGCUUUCUGACAUCAUUGUAGAAUAAUUAUAUUGUAAUAAAAUAUUUUUCAAAUAAAAAAAUUAAAUGAAACAAAACCUACAUCUUGGCUAUUAAAAUCCAGGUUAAUACUGCUAUUUGUUAUAUAAUGUAUGUGUCACUGUCAUGAGAUGUAUACAUUGGAUGCUUACAUAAACAUUGGUUUUGUGAAACAUCAGUCAGUUGUAUUUAUGACCCUACUCUAAAUGGCCUAGAAUGUUGAACAUAAGAGUACCAGUUCAAUGUUAGAGAAAAUAAUAGUAAGUAGGGGAGACAAUAAAAGAGUUUUAAUAUGUUC